AUGGCAGAAGCUAUACAAAAACGGAUGGCGUAUUGUCCGCCAACUGGUAUUGAUGAUGACGAUAUAUCAACUAUUCCUGAAAGUUGCGACAUAAAACCAGAAGAACUGGAACAUGCAAGAAAAGCAGUCUUGAAAAGAGAACACAGGAAGAAAAUAUCAACGACGUUUUCUCUGGUUAAUAUGAUCCGAGGUAUGAUCGGACCGGGAUGUUUUGCAAUGCCAAUGUCUUUCAAGCAAGCUGGACUUUGGGGUGCAAUGGUUUUGGAUUUCUUACUUGGCAUACUGUCAACAAUUUGUAUGAUUAAACUCUGUACAAGCGCACAGUACUUGGUUGCAUUGAAUCAGUCUGGCCCACUUGACUACGGUAACAUGGCGGGAGCUGCGUUUUCAUCGAGUAACUCUAAAAUUAUUAAGAAGCUGGAACACGUAGCACGAUGGUUUGUCAACGCUUGCCUUAUCACCUUGCAGUUCGGAAUUUGUAGUAUUUACUAUCUUUUCGUGAUUGAUCAUUUGAAAGAAAUUAUCGAUGUGAUUUGGCCUGAAAAUGGUAUACCGCGUAAUCUGUACUUUCUUAUUGUCUUACCUUUAUUCCUCUCUCUAACGAUGGUACGAAACAUUCAUGCUAUGUCGUGGAUUUGCCUUUUCGGAAAUGUACUCAUGACCGUAUCCCUAAUGAUCAUCCUUAUUAAAGUUAUCAGUGCUCCGCAUAUUCAUACUUCGGCGUUGCCAGCUUUUACUGACAUUAAAGGAACUGUAAUGGCGGCUGGUGCUAUUCUAUAUGCACUGGAAGGGCAGGCAUUGGUCCUUCCGCUUGAGAACAAGAUGAAGUACCCUAAGGAUAUGAUCGGUUGGACUGGUGUAUUGACAACUGGUAUUGCUCUAGUGACAUUAGUCUACGCAGCGUGUGGUUUCUACGGAUUCAUCACAUACGGUGAAAAUGUUGCAGCCAGUAUCACACUGAAUUUGUCAAAUUCCCCGAUCGAUUUCUCUGUGAAGAUCAUGCUGAUGCUUGUCGUCUACUCAAGUUAUCUCCUACAGCAAUUCCCUGUCGUCCAAAUGCUUUUCCCGUUCAUUAAAAGACCACUUCGAGCUCGAAAAGUGAGAAGAGUGUAUAUCAUUUCGCUCGAAUUCCUCUUCCGAUUCGUAUAUGUGUUUAUAACAUUGGGACUGUCCUGGUUAAUCCCCAACCUUGACGAUAUUAUCCCGCUCUUCGGAGGUUCGGCCGGUAUGACGCUAUCUCUCAUCAUACCACCCACUCUCGAGACAGUAACUUUCUUCAACGAAUGGCGUUACAAAAGAUCGAGAAACUGGCCGCUUCUGAUCGACAGCUCCACGGAAACUUCUGCUCAGGUCCCGCCAAGAGUCUCCGAGAGACUCUUUCUUGUCGACUUUUCUCAAGGAACUGAAAGAAAGUUCUUCAAAGAACUGACGAAGAACUGCGCUUUCUACGACUCUUGCAUCAACUGGACACGAAUUAAGCCAUCAGUUUAA